GCACAUGUGACGAUUGGCGGUGAUCAGUAAUCGCGCGCGUAGUACUUCGUAAAACUUGUGAAUCAUGCUGAAAACGGAAGUGUUUAGUGAAAAACCGUUCGGAAAUGCUAUCACAUAUCAUCCCAACGAUGAAAGUAGAACGUUGUUCUUCACCUACAAUCAACUGUGGAACGCAAUAACCGAUGUGCGGAAGAAGCUUGAGGACAGCAACUUGUCGGGGUGUUACAUCGGAGUAGCUUCGGGACAUUCGCCUGCAUUGAUUGCAAUCGUUUCCGGCAUCCAUUUGAGCAAUUCGGCGUUCUGCAGUUUGAAAGUGUCCAAUAAUCCUAUCCCUUUGAUGAACACUCUGAAAAGAAUAUCUACUAGCUAUUGCUUUUUUAACACGGCCGACACGAAGCUUCUGUUAGCUAAUCAGAUCAAGUUCAAAGUGAUUGCUGAUUUAAAUCUACUGCAAGAGCUGAUAGUUCUACUGCAAUUUGAGUUCGACACACCGUAUACCAAGACUUUGCAUAAUAUCGCCUAUUGCGUAGCGACUUCCGGUAGUACUGGAGACCCCAAAUUCGUCCGGGUGCCAACGGAUUGCAUUUUACCGAACUUGGUGGCGUUGGAAAAGCUGUUCAAACUUGGUGAAUCGGAUAGAAUAUUGGUCUCCUGUCCGCCCACAUUCGAUCCUUUUGUGGUGGAUGUGUUUAUGGCUUUGCGAAAUGGGGCCUGUCUAAUUUUGGUUGCGAAUGAGAUCCGAUUGGACGCUGGUCGUUUACGAAAGAUUGUGUUUGAGCAGAACGCGGUAACGUUUAUGCAGAUUACUCCAUCGUAUCUGCGGCAGUGGAGUGAUGAUUGGAUAAGGAACGUGAUGCUAGCGAAAGGCAGUUCUCUGAGACAUUUGGUACUGGGAGGUGAACCAUUUCCUAUUUGGUUAAACAUUCCCGUCCAAAGUCCAGUCGAAGUGUACAACAUCUACGGGAUCACGGAAGUGUCGUGUUGGGCAACGAUCGAGCUGGUAACAGCUGCUUCAACAGAUGAAAUAUCUCUUGGGAAACCGAUCGAUGAGACGAUCGAGUUGCAACUUCGUGACGUUGAUACUGGACAGGUUUUGAGCGUGGAACAAAGACCAAUUCGGGGAAAUUUACACAUAGGAAGCCGUGUUCGGAAAUGCGUUGUCGGUAAUGAAUUAGCGGAGCAGGUCUUCGCAUGUGACACGAUUUGCUAUCGAUCUACGGGAGAUCUAGUAGAGUUGCAAUCGGAUGGAAAGUUCUACUACUUGGGACGAUGCGAUGAUGUGGUGAAGCGUUUCGGCGUUCGAGUCAAUCUUGGGUGGUUGGAACGUUGCGCUGAUCAAUGUAAAGGUAUUUCGAAAAGUUGUGCCAUUUUCGAAACGAAACGACACAGAAUAGUACUUCUCUAUACAGUGUGUGAUAGAAACAUGCAGAAGCACGAUUUAAGAAAGCUCCUAGGAGCAAAAUUGAAACAAGAAGAAAUGCCUGACGAAUGCAUCCAAAUUGACAAGUUGCCUUUGUCUGAUCAUGGAAAAACGGAUCGUAGAAAGUGUUUUCAACAACUCCAGGAAAUUGAUUCAAUCAAACAGGGACCAAACAAAGGAUUAAAGCAAUUUUUCAACGAAAAACUUUUCAACUUGCUUGGAAUUCGACUGUUCCCGUACGGAUCUGACGAAUCAAAACGUACCAAAUUUGAUCUCGGUUGUUCUUUCAUAGACGCAGGAGGAACGUCUAUCCAAGCACUCCAACUUGUUACCUCGCUACAAGACUGCUCUAAAACAACGGUUCCGGAUCUGAUCCGUAUGUUGUUGGAUAAAUCAGUGCCCUUCAAUGAUAUUUUCCAUUAUCUGGAUGAAUAUCAUGCCGAACCACAGGAAGGCUCGUCUCAAUCCCCAAAAGUUGCGCAAGAGCUGGAACAACUCAGUAUAGACAUUUCCAUCAAAACGCAUUUCAACAUGGACAAAUGCAUCGAUGCCAGUCCUACUGAAUAUUACAGUGAAAAACACCGGCGAAAGAUCGUCGCAGUUGGAAGUCAUUCCCACAAGGUGUUGGUAGUGGAUGCUGAAAAUGAUCUGACCAUCACGGAAUUGGUCCUUCCAGAUCGGGUAGAAAGUGCCGUCAGCUAUCUAGUCGGUGAAGAUUUUGGAUUUGUCGGAUGUUACGAUGGAAAGCUGUACUGUUUCGACAUUUUCACUGGUUCCAUUCGAUGGAGUUUCGAUUCCGGUGGAAUGAUUAAAUGUAAAGCUCUUGUGAUAGAAUCUGUGAUAAUCUUCGGAUGUUACGCUGAGGAACAUAACUUGUUCGCUUUAAAUCUGGAUGGGUCUCAAAUUUGGAAAACGCAUCUGGGCUCGAAAGGAAUCCUCUCGUCACCGGUUUUCCUCGGUAAUGGAAGUGCAUUCGUUGCUACACUGGAUGGAACGUACUGUUGCUUCAUUGUAAAAACUAAAGUUGAAGUUUGGCGAGGGAAACUGGAAUCUCCAGUUUUCGCGAACGCCGUGCACCUCCAACAACAUGACUUAAUUCUCAUUGCGGAAGUGCAAGGUCGAAUACACUGUCUGACAGGCAAAUGUGGAACUAAGCUUUGGUGCAUUUCAACCGCAGGAAAUCUAUUUUCCUCGCCUAAAGUCGUCAACACGAACGACGAUCUCAUCGAUAUCUUGGUUGGGUGUCAUGAUAAGCAUCUGUACUGCUUCUGCUUCAGGCCCGGUAAGUACUCUGCAGAGAAUCCUCUUUUGAAAUGGAAAUUGCGUCUGCAGGCGGCCAUCUAUGCAACGCCCUGCAUCGUGAACCGCUUGGCAGUGGUUUGCAGUACUUCCGGGUGGAUAAAUGUAAUUUGUUUGGAUAGGGUUCGACCCAUAGGGGUUUUGAAACUAGACGGGGAGGUGUUCUCUACACCUCUAAUCGUUGAUCUCAGUGUAGUCUAUGUGGGCUGCCGUGAUAAUAAGCUUUAUAAGCUAUCCCUGUGCAAGUAAUUUGUUUUAAAAUGG